AUGCCUAUUCAAAAGCUAAAAGUUGGCAUGGCUGGUCUGGGCCGGAUAGGCAAGGUCCAUGUCCAUAACUUCCUUCACCAAACCCCACGGGCCGAAGUUGUCGCAGCCUUCUCCCCCGACCCAGCUGAGAUUACAUGGGGCAGACAACACCUGGAGCCGUAUGGAGUUACAUUAUAUGACAACUACGACAAGAUGCUGGAGCACCCCGGCUUGCAAGCAGUCGUCAUCGGGACGGCAACCUCGGUGCAUGCCGAGGAGACCAUGAAAGCUAUUGAUCGGGACCUGCAUGUCCUUUGUGAGAAGCCAUUGUCAAUUGAUGUGGAAGUGUGCAGAGCAGUUGCACAAAAGGCCAAGACUAAGCCACACUUGAAGGUCAUGUGUGGCUUUUCUCGGAGAUUUGAUGACUCCUAUCGCGAGGUCUACGAUAAGAUCAGCCAGGGCAUGAUCGGACGUCCCUCCAUCGUAAGAAGCCAGACUUGUGACAAGUACGACCCCUCGGGCUUCUACGUUGCUUACGCAGCGUGGUCGGGAGGUGUGUUUGUUGACAUGUCUGUGCAUGACAUUGACUUGACUUUGUGGUUCAUGGGGGAGGACUCGGUUCCCAAGAGCAUCUCCGCCCAUGGCAUCACGGCUGUCCAGCCUGAGUUGAAGAAGUACAAGGACUACGACAACGCCGUCGGAAUUGUUGAGUUUCACAAUGGCAAGAUCGCCUACUACUACUGCUCUCGGAUGAUGCCCCACGGACAAGAAGAUACAACCGAGGUUAUUGGCACCGAGGGGAAGCUGUCUGUCAACAUCAACCCACAACGCAACUUCGUCAACUACUACCACAGUGGAGGCAUCACUCGCGAGGUCCCUGCGAAUUUCCACGGGCGCUUCGGAGGAGCCUUUGUGAACGAGGCGAAUGAAUUCACUGCCUCUUGCUUGGAUAACAAGCCUCUGCCCCUCAAGUUGUCCAACGCAGUCAAAGCUGUUGAGAUUGGCGCAUACCUUCAGGAGGCGUUGGUGACAGGGAAGCAGAUCCACUUCGAUGAGAUCGGUAGAAGGAUUGAGAAGUCUCAGUUGUAG